UUAAUAGAACAGUAUAUAGCAGGAAGUAGAACUGGAAAGAGGAGUAGAACUGGUGAGCGAUAUUUUGAAGAAUUCCGUUCCCGUUUUUGGGAAAGACCUGAUAAUACGAGUCGCCGUGAAUUCACCACCAAUCAAAGGAAUCGAUCCGCGUCUCCCACUCAAAGAAUUCCUAGUGAAAGGGAUGAGAAUAGUAGUCGAGAUAAUGUGACAUAUGAAUCUUCAUCCAAGUUGAUAAAUAUUACUUCAGCUCUUAAUAUAUCUGCAUCACAAAAUGACAGUGAUUUUAGUAUGCCUGAUGUAGGAGGAGGUAGCCAGCCACUGGAAUCUAUAAAUGAGGAGGUUAUUCGACCUCACGAAACAUUGAAGCAAUGUGCUAUUCUGGUCAGAGUUCCUUUACAAGAGUUGAUCUCUGAAGGAAAAAGAAGUGUUUACCAUGUACAUACUUUAUUCCUAAGAUUCAGUAAGGGUAAAUUCGUAGAUCAUGAUUACUACAGGCCUAGAAUUCAUAAGGUCAAUAUGGCGAUAUGUUUAGAUUAUAUGAAGCUUAUUCGUAUUGAUAAUGUAAAACCAACAAAGAAAUUUCAUUAUGCUAGAAGUAGAUAU